AUGGCAAAGAUACUGCUGCUGGCUUUGGCAGUUGGUCUGGCUCAUGCUCUUUCUGAGCUUGAAGGACACUGGGUUAGCACUGCCAUCGGUGCUGACAACGUUGAGAAGAUAGCGAACCAGGGAACUAUGAGACUUUAUGCUCGUCAAAUUAUUUGUCAUGAGGAAUGUGAUAAAUUGGAAAUCACAUUUUAUGUAAAUCUGAAUGGCCAAUGCUCAGAGACAACAGUUAUUGGGUAUAAGCAAGAAGAUGGCAACUACAGAACCCAGUUUGAAGGAGACAAUAUAUUUAAACCCAUGGUUAUAACAAAAGAGUUUCUUGUCUUUAUCAGUAAGAAUGUGGAUAGAGAUGGCCUGGAAACACACUUGCUUUUUGCUCUUGGAAAAGGUCAAACAUUGAAAAAUGACCAAUAUGGAAGACUUGAAGAACUUGCUAAGGAACAGAAAAUUCCUCCAGAAAACAUUCGAGAAGUUCUGACUACAGGUAACCUCAAUGAUAGUUUUGAGCUCUAA